AUGGCCUCUUCCUCGGCCACUCUUCUUGCACAGGCUGUUGCCUCGGCAUCUGCGACUGUCUAUCCCUCAGAUGAUGCCCUUCUUUCCGUACUCUCAGCCCGUUUUCGAGCAGACUUACCAUACACACGCAUCGGUUCAUCAAAUUUAGUUGUAGUCAACCCUUACAAAACUCUCUCAAGUGUCAACGAUGCAAGUGCUAAAGAGUACGAGGAACGGUGUUACAAGGAUACCAAGCUAGCCUUGGUUGACUCUCGCAAAUCAGUGCAACCUCACGUCUAUGAACUUGCCGCGCGCAUAUAUCUACUAAUGAGAAGGAGAAAUGAAUCUCAGGCUGUAAUACCCAGAGGUAUCACUGGCUCAGGGAAAUCUACUAAUAACCGCCUCCUCAUCGAGCAGAUCCUCCGACUUUCUGCACACUCUAAAAAAGAGCUCAAAAUUGUAGAACAAAUCAAAUCGCUCAACGUCCUUCUGGAAUCCUUUGGAAACGCAAAGACUCCCACGAACCCAAAUGCCUCACGACACACACGCUACACAGAACUCCACUUCAAUAGUCGUGGUCGUAUCAGCUCCGCAAAGGCUCUUGCAUAUAGCCUGGAUAAAUCUCGUCUUACUCGUCUUACUCAUGACGAGCGCUCGUUCCAUGUUUUCUACCAGCUCCUGGCAGGUGCCACUCACUUUGAGCGAGAUGAUCUAGGGCUCGACAGCCCCUCGGAUUACGCUCUAUUAGCCUCUUCAGGAUGUUAUCGUCUCCCCGCGGGUCCAUUUAGCGAUGAUGGUAUGGCGAUGGAGGAUUUGCGAGCUGCCAUGCGCUCGCUCGGUUUCAAACCAAAACAUACCUCUUCAAUAUUCACCGUCCUCACUGCUAUUCUUUUCCUCACUAACAUCCAGUUUGGAGAGGCAGAUGCCCAAGAUGUGUCGGCCUAUGUCCUAAAUGUACCUGUUUUACAGCAUAUAGCGCGGCUAUUGGGCGUGGAUACCGAUGAGCUCGGAGAAUCGUUGACAUGCAAGACAACUUACGUGAGGAAGGAGCUGUACACCGUUUUACUUAAUGUGCAGCAGAGUGAAGCGCAGAGGGAUCAGCUUGUGCGGGAUUUAUAUGCCAUUUUGUUCGCUUUCGUGGUCGAGACCGCAAACCACAAGCUAGCGUCGAACGUGAAGGAACAGGCACCAUCAAGUCAGAUUGUUCUUCUCGACCAACCCGGGUUCCAGAGCCGUGCUUCUACCGGUACGACAUCUAUGGCGGCCCCGCCCUUAAUAUCUACCCACCAAAAUGGGUUUGACGAGUUCUGCAUCAACUUCUCUGACGAGAUUGUUCAGGCGCAUGUACUAAACAGCAUUUUCGAGAAUGAAGCGGGAUACAAUGCUAGGGCUGUUGCUGAUGGCGUCUCUCUUCCUGGAGUCGCUGUCAUGGACAACUCGGCCUGUGCAGAGUUGAUCAGAGGUCCUCAACCCAACGCCAGAAAGCCAGGAGGGCUUCUUGGUGCGACGGGCAAAGCGGCAUCUGCGUUCAAGUCGGGAAAAACCGGAGAACAGCGGAACGACGACCUUUUGCAAGAUCUAGUGUCGAAGUUCGGUGUGCAUGCGUCCUUCAUUGCUGGCCCCUCCUCUGCAGAGGAGAGGCGAUCGUUCGGCGUUAACCAUUACGCUGGCCCGGUCUCCUAUGACGUGUCGAGUUUCGUAGAGAAAGAUGCAGAUCUCCUCGACCCAGCAUUCGUCUCCCUUUUGCGCAGUUCUUCAGAUCCAUUCGUGUCCAAAUUGGUUUCAGGCCCAAGCCUGGCGACUGAGAAGCAUCAAAGUGAUGAUGGAACUAUUGUCCAAGCUCAAGUCUCAUCACGUCCCCUUCGCCUUCCUACCCCCAUAUCUUCCAUUCCAGAUGAGAACCAGCGACUCAAUCCUACCAAAAUCUACCCAGUCACCACGCAGAUACAUCAGACACUAACUGAUGUUCUUUCCACACUUUCGCAUGCUCGUUUGUGGACCAUUUCAUGCAUCCGUCCAAAUGAUUCCGGCUUCUCUAAUUCCCUCGAUAAACGUCGUGUGAAGGCACAAAUCAGGUCUCUUCUACUGCCUGAUAUUGUAGCGCGGCGGAGCAUCGAGUAUGUAGCUGAAUUUGAGAAGGCCGAGUUCUGCGAUCGCUAUGUCCCCACUAUGCGUGGGCUAGAAGCAGAUCGAAUUCGACAGUGUAUUCAGUCUAAUGGAUGGCGGGAAGGGACAGAUUAUGCUCUAGGAAACCAAAAUGUGUGGCUGUCAUAUCGUGCAUGGAAGAUGGUAGAGGACGUUGUGCGCAGUGCGGAGAAGGAUCAGAAGAAAAACUCGCGAGAGGAUUCGGAAGAGGAUGAGAGUAUAUUCCCUGAUGAUACGACGGAGUACAAUAACGGCGCAGCAGAGCAACAGCAGAGAAAUUACUUCGAUGGUCCUCCAGGACCUGUUUACGAAGAGCCAGAGACACCAUUUGAUGGGUACUCGUCGUCUCAUGUAGUGCCUGCUACACCAGCAAUGCUUCCAAGCCCUUACAGACCCUAUGCUGAUGACACUGGCUCUGAAUGGGAUAAGAAGGGCGACAGCUUCGAUGGGGCUCCUCCAUUGAUCCCUAAGGAGGGCGUUAUGACCGUCAACGAGGCGCCCAACGUCGUCGAGGAAAUACCUUCCACUCGGACUCGCAGGGUCUGGCUUCAUAUUGUUAGAGCAUUCACUUGGUUCAUUCCCUCGUUCUUGCUGUCCAGUCUCGGUCGGAUGAAACGACCCGACGUGCAGCUUGCGUGGCGCGAAAAGAUGACGAUCUUUGCCCUUAUCACUCUUGCCAAUGGCAUUGUUCUGUUCUAUAUCAUCGUCUUUGGUCGUCUUCUGUGUCCCAACUUUGACAAGGCUUGGGCAUCGAACGAGGUAGCGCAACAUACCGGAACCAACGACUUUUACGUCUCCAUCCAGGGCAAGGUGUACGAUGUCUCGAAUUUCGUUCAAGGGGACCACAGUGACAUAACUGGAGAAGCUAGUAAUGGAGCAGCUACGCUGGAAUAUUUGGCAGGGCAGGAUUUGACCUAUUAUUUCCCUCCUCCUUUGGUACUGGCUUGUUCUGGUCUUGUCACGGACGCCACUAUGGAGAUCGCGAUCAAGAACACUAGCGACAUUUAUGUUACACAGGCGGUACAUAAUUCGGGCAAGAACGCGCUCGUUGCAACCAGUGCCUUAGCCAACGAAGACUGGUAUACGGCCACGUACUUGCCAAAGAUCAACCAAUACUACAAGGGUGCUCUAGUCUGGGAACCAAGUGAAAUUUCUGCUCAAGCUAGUGAUCAGACUAUUCAACGUAUUUGGGGGAUUUACGACAGCAGCAUCUAUGACUUGACGGACUAUGUUUACACUCAGUCGACUCUUGAACAGAACAAUGCUGCAUACUCAUUUUUGGAUUCUAGUCUCGUCGCUGUGUUCAACGAGCAAGCAGGUCAAGAUAUUACUAGCUCCUUGAACCAGGUUCUGGAUGCGAUGGAUGCCAAUACGCGCUCGGCAAAUAUGGACUGCUUACAGAAUGCAUUUUACUGGGGAGAGACUGACUUUCGUUACACACCGAGGUGUCAAGUCCAGAACGUACUGCUCUUGGUAUUCUCGAGUAUUCUGAUGGCUUCGAUGGGUAUAAAAUGUAAGUGCCAUUUUUGCUUCCCCGAGCUCUUGGACAAGUUUGUUCUGUGCCAAGUUCCUUGUUAUACUGAAGGCGAAGAUUCUCUCCGGCGCACGAUCGACUCCCUCGCAGCCCUUGAUUACGAUGACAAGCGCAAGCUGAUCUUCAUCAUCUGUGAUGGUAACAUUAUUGGUAGUGGGAAUGAGCGUCCUACACCUCGCAUCGUAUUGGACAUCCUUGGCGUUGAUCCAAGCCAUGACCCAGAGCCACUCAUGUUCAGAUCCAUUGGUGAUGGUGCACAAAAACUCAACUAUGGCAAAGUUUACUCUGGGCUUUACGAGUUUGAAGGUCACGUUGUUCCGUAUAUGGUUGUUGUCAAAGUUGGGAAGCCGACUGAGCGAUCUAAGCCAGGAAAUCGCGGCAAACGUGACAGUCAAAUCUUGUUGAUGCAAUACCUGAAUAGGGUUCACUUUAAUGCUGCUAUGUCACCGCUGGAGCUUGAGAUCUAUCACCAAAUGCGGAAUGUCAUUGGUAUCGAUCCUGCCUUUUACGAGUAUAUUUUCACAGUGGAUGCCGAUACGUGUGUCACCCCGGAGUCUUUAAACCGACUUGUAGCGGCGGCUGCGGAUGACUCAAAUAUAAUUGGUGUCUGUGGUGAGACUAAACUACAGAACGAAGAAGGGUCGUGGUGGACUAUGAUUCAGGUCUAUGAGUAUUACAUCUCUCACCACCUUUCCAAGGCCUUCGAAAGUUUGUUCGGAUCAGUUUCUUGUCUUCCUGGAUGUUUCUCUCUUUAUCGCAUACGUACCGCGGACAAGGGCAGACCUAUCUUCAUCUCCAACCGCAUUAUCGACGAGUACUCGGAAAACAAUGUUGAUACACUGCACAAGAAGAAUUUGUUCUCGCUUGGUGAAGAUCGUUUCUUGACAACCUUAUUGAUGAAGCACUUCCCGACGUACAAGACGAAGUUCAUUCCGGACGCAUUAUCACGCACUAUGGCUCCUGUUUCGUGGAGAGUGCUGUUCUCGCAGCGUCGUCGAUGGAUCAAUUCUACGGUCCACAACUUGUGCGAAUUGGCGAUUCUAGCUGAUCUUUGUGGUGUCUGCUGCUUUUCCAUGAGAUUUUUCGUCUUUAUAGAUCUCAUUGGUACUAUCAUCUUACCUGCAACUGUAGUCUACUUACUGUACUUGAUUAUCACUGUCGCUACUGGCCAAGGAAUCUUCCCACUCAUUUCAAUCAUCAUGAUAGCAGUUGUAUAUGGUCUACAGGCCCUUAUCUUCAUCCUCAAACGCGAAUUCAUGUUGAUCGGGUGGAUGGUUGUUUAUCUUAUCUCUUAUCCGAUUUACAGCUUCUUCUUGCCCAUUUAUUCGUUUUGGUGCAUGGACGAGUUUGGGUGGGGUAACACGCGUGUUGUAUUAGAUGACGGUGGCAACAAGAAAGUUAUCACCAACGUCGACACUCGGUUCAACGAGAAUAUGAUCCCCUACAAGAAGUUCAGUGAGUACGAAGCUGAAACCUGGGAUGGUGGAUCACGACACACGCCCGAGAUGGAAACUGUUCACUCGCACAUGGCGCCAUCACUGCAUCACAACAACGGGUAUGGGUAUAGCUCGUCUGAAGCUGGGGACUAUUAUCGCGACACAAAUAUGACCAUGAAUAACUCGUCAAAAGCCAACCUUCGCGUUCCUUCUCACCGCCCAUCUCCCAGUUCUCGCUCGACCUCAGAAUUCCCCCAAAGAUAUCCGAAUACAUCACCUUUCAUGAGUUCUCAAGAAAGAUUGACGAUGCACACGCCACCGGCGCCAUAUCCUGGUCUCGGAAGUGUGUACGGAAUGCCCCCACCGGGCUCGCGGAUGACAAUGGCAACGAACAUGAGCGCGUUUAAUCGGGGUGCAUCGCCUGCUUUAGGGGCCCCGCCUACGCUGGGAGCCUUACGUCCGACUUCGACAUUCUCGAUGGCGACCACCGUUUUUGCCGGACCCAACAUGAAUCCGAACCCUUCGGAUGAGGAGCUAUACACUGCUCUUCGCAACUAUCUGAGCACGCAAGAUCUAAUGACCGUCACGAAGAAAACUGCUCGCGAGGCGAUGACAGCCCGCUUCCCCAAGGCUGAUUUAGUUUCCCGCAGGGACUUCUUGAACCAAUCCAUUGAUAACAUCCUUUCACACUCAUAGAACUGUCAUCUAGGGACAUCAUCUCAUUCAUUUGCUGAAUCUUGGACUUUGUUGAAUCGGGACACUCAUGUUGUUCAAAUCUGUUACUACUUAUGUUUCUGUUUCUUACCUUAGUACAUCAUUAUCUGUUUGUUACGCAUCAUGGACAAAGCCUACUCAGACUCUCGUAUUGUUGUAACGUGGAUCUGUACUGGACUAUACUCGUCAGCACUACGUGUUAUUACUUCACUGUCGGGCGGGAUGUGAUUUAAGUCACUUGAAGCUAAGUCUGUUCAUUUACCAUCAAAAAAGUAAUUUCGUUAUCACAAGCUCGUAAAUUAUAUAUCAUCCUGAGCAGUGUCGUGAGAGAUAAAUGAGAAACAUCCAUCGUCCAUCAAAAAAUGUCAGAUUCUUGGCAUGUUAUCGCUGUCACAUAUUCAAUGGAGAUGCUCCUGUCGAUCCUAACAUAUCUAAGGAUCCUUUCAGUUGUUUCUUUUGGAGCAGAUAGUUGAACAUGGCCGUUGCUUUAUCCGCGCGGCCAAAAAGAAAGAGAGUGAGGCAAGGCUCGUCGCCGAAUGGUUUGGUAAGGGUUUCGAAAAGAAUAUCUUUGGAAUCCGACACCCAGACCCAUUUCAAUAAAGAGAAUGAAUCCGUUGAGUGAUUGUCGAUGUCUGCCAGCGUGUCAUGAAUGUGAAGAGGUCCGGAUGGACGCCAGAAUUUCCCUUUAUCUGGGUUGACACCUCCCAGAGCGCAGAAC